AUGCAGCCGCCUCCUCCCGCCACCCCGGUGCUGGCUCCUUUAGCCGUGUUGGAUCCUACAGGACAGUUUGCAAAACGAAAGAAGACUUCUCUCUGGUUCACAGUUUCUCUGCUGGUAGUGUCUGUGUUCAUACUGACCAUAGGACUCGCAGCUACCACAAGAACAGAAAAUGUUACCGUUGGAGGCUAUUACCCAGGAAUCAUUCUUGGCUUUGGAUCUUUCCUAGGGAUUAUUGGAAUCAACCUGGUAGAGAACAGAAGGCAAAUGUUGGUAGCAUCCAUCGUAUUUAUCAGCUUUGGAGUGGUAGCAGCAUUCUGUUGUGCAAUAGUUGAUGGAGUCUUUGCAGCACGACAUAUAGACCCUAGACCUUUGUACACUAGAAGGUGUCAGUUUUAUUCAAGUGGAAUAGGAUUCUUAUACGAUGCCUACCAGACAGAGGUAACGUGUUACACCUUAAGCAGCAAGUGCCAGCUGAGAGUAAAGAGCAAUACAUGCUAUUGCUGUGACCUGUACAAUUGUGAAAAUUCAGAACAGUCAACCAGCUACUACGAGUUUCUUGGAGUGAACAGCUGUCAGGAUGUGGUUCACUUGUACCGGCUGCUGUGGGCCUCCACAGUCCUGAACAUCGUUGGAUUGUUUCUUGGGAUAGUCACGGCAGCCAUACUUGGGGCCUUUAAAGACAUGGCACCUCUAUCCCAAAUUGCCUUUAGUUCUGCCCCGCCUCCUCAGAUCUUGUACAAUCCAGCCCAGCAGAUCCUGACAUAUGCCGGUUUUUGUCCCUCUGCAGCAGCUCUUCCUGCAUAUUCAUCCUAUCCUUUACCUCUUCAGCCUGCAAGCCAUUUUCCAGCAUCAUCAUCUACUGAUAUUUCUUUAUCUGAUGAUACUCAGCCUCCAUCUCAGUCCAGCUCGAACUAUGGUCUCCCACCCAAUGCCCCGCCACUAUACACACCAACUUACUUCCUGCCAGAAGAAAAGCCUCCACCGUAUGCACCCUAG